UUGGAAAAAUCACAAAGAAGUAUUUUAAAGCCAGUCUGAUUUGCAAAGAUUGCCUGUGAUCGGAGAACCUACAAGCUGAGGUGGCCAGAUGAGACCCACUGCUGGAGAGAGAACGAUGACUUCCUGUUAUGUGCUCGCCACGUUUGCCCUGAUGAGCUCCUGUUUAGCCACUGCGGGUCCAGAGCCCAGUGUGCAGUGUGAACUGUCACCCGUCAAUGCCUCCCAUCCUGUCCAGGCCUUGAUGGAGAGCUUCACUGUCUUGUCGGGGUGUGCUAGCAGAGGCACGACCGGGCUGCCACAGGAGGUGCAUGUCCUAAACCUCCGUGCCAUGGACCAGGCACCCAGCCAGCCACAGAGAGAGAUCACUCUGCACCUGAAUCCCAUCUCUUCAGUUCACAUUCACCACAAACCUGUUGUGUUCCUGCUCAACUCCCCACAGCCCCUGGUCUGGCGUCUGAAGACAGACAGACUUGCCACUGGGGUCUCCAGACUUUUCUUGGUGUCUAAGGGUUCUGAGGUCCAAUUUUCAUCUGGAAACUUCUCCUUGACAGCAGAAACACAAGAAAGGAACUUCCCUCAUGGAAAUGAACAUCUGUUAAAUUGGGCCCGAAACGAGUAUGGAGCAGUUACUUCAUUCACCGAACUCAAGAUAGCAAGAAACAUUUAUAUUAAAGUGGGGGAAGAUCAAGUGUUUCCUCCCACGUGCAACAUAGGGAAGAAUUUUCUCUCCCUCAAUUACCUCGCUGAGUACCUUCAGCCCAAAGCAGCAGACGGCUGUGUGAUGACCAGCCAGCCCCAGGAUAAGGAAGUACACAUCAUUGAGUUACUCUCCCCCAACUCCAACCCCUACAGUGCUUUCCAGGUGGAUAUAAUAAUUGACAUAAGACCUGCCCAAGAGGAUCCUGAGGUGGUCAAAAAUCUCAUCCUGAUCUUAAAGUGCAAGAAGUCUGUCAACUGGGUGAUCAAAUCUUUUGACGUUAAGGGAAAUCUGAAAGUUGUUGCUCCUAAUAGUAUUGGCUUUGGGAAAGAGAGUGAAAGAUCCAUGACAAUGACCAAGUCAAUAAGAGAGGACAUUCCUUCACACCAAGAGAAUCUGGUGAAGUGGGCUCUGGAUAAUGGCUAUGGUCCCGUAACGUCAUACACGCGGGCUCCUGUGGCUAACAGAUUUCAUCUUCGGCUUGAAAACAAUGAGGAGAUGAGAGAUGAAGAGGAACAUACCAUCCCUCCUGAGCUACGGAUCCUGCUGGACCCUGGCAUCCUGCCUUCCCUAGUGAACCCACCCAUCCGGGGAGGAGGAGGCCGAAAUGGAGGUCUCCUCUUUCCUUUCCCUGAUAUCUCCAGGAGAGGCCGGAAGGAAGGAGGAGAAGAUAGGGUCCCUCAGCCAAAAGACUCUGUCGUCCCCAGCCUACAACUGUUUCCUAGUCCCAGAGAGCCAGAAGAGGUGCAAGGGAGCAUGGAUGUGGCUCUGUCCGUCAAAUGCAACAAUGAAAAGAUGAUCGUGGCUAUAGAAAAAGAUUCCUUUCAGGCCAGCGGCUACUCGGGGAUAGAGCUCACCUUGUUGGAUCCUUCCUGCAAAGCCAAGAUGAAUGGCACCCACUUUGUUUUGGAGUCUCCCUUGAACGGCUGUGGCACUCGUUACCGGUGGUCCACCCCGGAUGCCGUGGUUUACUACAACUCGAUUGUGAUACAGGUCCCACCCCCUGGGGAUAGCAGUGGUUGGCCAGAUGGUUAUGAAGAUUUGGAGUCUGGUGAUAAUGGAUUUCCAGGAGAUAUAGAUGAAGGAGAUUCUUCCUUCUUUGGCCAAUCUGAAAUUGUGGUGUUUAAUUGUAGCCUGAAGCAGGUGAGGAGUCCCAGUAGAUUCCAGGACCAGCCCAAUGGGAACAUCACCUUCAACAUGGAACUGUACAACACUGACCUCUUCCUGGUGCCCUCCCAAGGGGUCUUUUCUGUGGCAGAGAAUGGACAUGUUUUUGUUGAGGUGUCUGUUACUAAGGCAGACCAAGAACUGGGGUUCGCUAUCCAAACGUGCUUUAUCUCUCCGUAUUCGAACCCCGAUAGACUGUCUGAUUACACCAUCAUUGAGAACAUUUGCCCUAAGGAUGAAUCUGUGAAAUUCUACAGUCCCAGGAGAGUGCGCUUUCCUAUCCCUCAGGCCGAGAUGGACAAGAAGCGAUUCAGCUUUGUCUUUAAGCCUGUCUUCAACACCUCACUGCUCUUUCUCCAGUGUGAGCUCACAUUGUGCACCAAGAAAGAAAAGGACCCGCAGAAGCUGCCUAAGUGCGUGCCUCCCGAUGAAGCCUGCACCUCGCUGGACGCCUCGAUGAUCUGGGCUCUCAUGCAGAAUAAGAAGACCUUUACCAAGCCCCUUGCUGUGAUUCACCACAAAGUAGAAACUAAAGAAAAAGGUCCAAACAUUAAGGAAUCAAAUCCAGUUCCUCCACCCAUCUUCCAUGGUCUGGACACCCUAACCGUGAUGGGCAUUGCAUUCGCAGCGUUUGUGAUCGGAGCACUCCUGACGGGAGCCUUGUGGUACAUCUAUUCUCACACAGGGGAGACAGCCGGAAUCCAACAAGUGCCCACCUCCCCUCCCGCCUCGGAAAACAGCAGCGCAGCCCACAGCAUCGGCAGCACGCAGAGCACCCCCUGCUCCAGCAGCAGCACAGCCUAGCCUGCCCCGCCGGAGUUGCAUGUCCUCUCUGAAGGCUGGCUGGUGGUUCCUGUGUAAAGCGAAAGUGAAUUUCAGUAUAAAGAUCACCUGUUCUAUUCACCCCCACCUGGGGCUCCUGUAAACGUGACCCUGGGACCUCCGUAACACACUAGACUGAAUGUGAGAAAGCUAAAAUGGUGGCCUUCUCCACCAGCCCCUCACAGGCUGGGGGUUUUCAAUGUGAAACACAUGCCAGUUUUUAAAAUGCUGCUUUAUCUACAUGAGAACAUCCAAAUUUUGGGGCCCUUAGUUUUACUCAAACUCACGGAGUUGGUAAAAGGAUAACAGCCGUUAGAACCAGUGAGGAGAUGUGGCCAAAGAUUAUUUUAUUUCUGAACCAAGAUAUGAAACACAAGAGAGGCUCCAAGCUUUCUAAGGUUCCUCCAUGUCUAAUUUGCAUCUUGGUCUCGAUGCAUACUUCUGGCCUUGAGGCACACCCUGUGGGGUAUGAUGUGUCCCUGGGUGGGCGCCGUGCUCGGGGACUGCCUCCUGACUCACACCAAAGCGACAUUCCUUUCUUGUACCCUGGGCCAAAGCCAAUGCUGAUUACUUGUCGGCUUCCUAUUUCUCCCACACUCCUACACACCGACUGCAAAAAUGUCUUAAUGCAAAAUUUGCAUUUCUUAUAGGCAUAUAGAAAUUGAGAAUGGCCAAAAUCAGGAGCUACCGGUUUUUGCCCAUUUUGGUUAUUUUGUUCUGUUAAAUGACUAUCAAUUGGGGCAGAACUCGUUUGUAACGUAGAGGAAGAAUUUGCACAGUGAUAAAUGUGUAUACGUGUGCAAGUACAAGAACAUAUGUCAUCUGGCACACUCAUUUUCUCAAAGCAGAGAAAGUUCAUCUCCCUCUGAAAGUAUCCUAUGCUUUCCAGAGUUGGGAUUUAUUCUUGGGUUAUCCUUGGUAG